UAUCUGGUUGCGGAAGAAGAAGCAUUGCUUUGGGCGCUACACGUGUACCAGUACUAUCUAGCUAGAAUUGUUUUGUCAUUAUCGGAUAGAAUCAAUCCUUUUGCAAGAGUUCUGUUUUAUUAAGAUUUCUAGGAGGAAUGUUGCUAGUGUGGAAGAAACUGGCGCUGCUGUUACUGGUAGCACUGGAGGCCCGUUCCUUUAGCGUUUCGCAACAGAGGAAUCGAGUGGGAAUUCGACAAUGGCAGUCUCUGCUCCUGAUGAGUAGCCGCAGUGCCGCUAGCCAAGAAAGACGAGAUGAAGAGAAGCGACGGAAGCAACGGAAAAGUGACGUGGUGAUUGGCAAGACUUCGGCACUACGGGAUGCCUCUGAUUUAGCCUUGAAUCCAAAGGCUACCGAAGAAGAAUGGAUGAGACAGGCUUCCAGGGAGGACCAAAAGGUAUUUAGCUUGACAGAAGAAGGAAUGGAGUCUCUGAAAAUGCUGGAUUUGGAAGAUGCCAGUGCAGCAUUUGACGAAGUCUUUAAACUCCGUCCCAAUGCCUAUUUGUGGCAAGCCGGUAUUGUCAAAUUCUAUCUGGACGAGUUGGAAUCAGCGGCCAACAUUUUCGCCAAUUCGGCGGCAAUUUACGAAUCCAAAUUCGGUUGUCGUGCCAGUGAAGAACGCAUCUGGAGACAUGCCUGUGAAUUAAAGAUGGCACACUUGGCCAAAAAGAAUAAGAAAGGACGCAUCACACGAGAAGAUCUGGAUCAAGUCCGACAACAGUUGCAACCAAUACCAGAACACGAGGAAGAUCCCGAUUCCCUCUUUGCCGAAACACGAAAGGUAGUGCGGAUAGCGGGGGAUUUGUUCGAAUCGUCUGUCGACAAUGAUGCUGGAGGAGAAAUCUUAUCCAGGGCCAAAUUACGAUCCAUUGGUGGCAACUUUGAUGAUCUGCCUCGAUUUGAUAUCAAAAUGUGGAAGUUGAAUGCCUGGUACUACCUCGGGCUCCAUUAUGAGACGCUGGGAGAGGAAAACGAAAGCAAGGAAUGCAUGAAAAUGGCAAUUCGCAAUGCUCCCAAUACAGCUGGAAACGGUGACAAUAUCGUCCAUGUACUGCCGUUGCUGCACAUGUCGGAACGAGAUUGGUUUGAUGAUGAUGAUAUGGAUGUCGACCCCUUGGAACUAUUGAAACCAUCCAAUGACAAUACACCAUUCCAUGAGUCGGCAGAAACAGCAGCAACGGAGGCAAAAAAGUCGACCAACUCCAAAAAGGUUGUAGACGCGGAUCCUUUAUUUUCCGACUCGGUGCGGAAAAGCAUUGCCAAAAUGACACUGCCUGAAAUUCAAAGAGCAUUGCAGGUUCGGGGAGCGUCGUCGAUUGGAUACAAGACUGAGCUUCAAGAUCGACUCUUUGAAUCUCUCAUGAAUGAUUCUGGGUUGGCACCAUAGGCUGUCAUACAACGUAGCUGCUCUUGUAUCAUAGGAUGAAUAAUUUAAAAUACCGCACGGUAAAAUAUUAGGGAACCCAACAACACACGAAAACUGAAAUCAGCAGUUGGAAUCGACUUCUGCAGGUUCUAG